CACUGAGUCCCCCGGUACCGACCCCUGCCAUGGCCGACCCCAAGUACGCGGACCUGCCCGGCAUCGCCAGGAACGAGCCCGAUGUCUAUGAGACCAGUGACCUGCCUGAGGACGACCAGGCCGAGUUCGAGGCGGAGGAGCUCACCAGUACCAGUGUGGAGCAUCUCAUCAUCAACCCUAAUGCUGCCUAUGAGAAGUUCAGGGACAAGCGCCUGGGCACCGAGGGAGUGGAUUUCUCUGACCGCAUCACCAAGACCAGGACAACGGGCUACGAGUCUGGGGAGUAUGAAAUGGUUGGUGAGGGUCUUGGUGCCAAAGAGACGCCUCAGCAGCGGUACCAGCGGCUGCAGCACGAGGUGCAGGAGCUGGCCAGGGAGGUGGAGCAGAUCCAGAGCACAGUGAAGGAUGCAGCAGCAGAGGAGGAGCUGACACCCAUGGCCUUGGCCAGGCAGGUCGAGGGCCUGAAGCAGCAGUUGGUCUCCAGCCACCUGGAGAAGCUCCUGGGCCCCACCGCAGCCAUCGACUUCGCAGACCCUGACGGUGCCCUGGCCAAGCGCCUGCUGCAGCAGCUGGAGGUGGCCAAGUGCAGUAAAGGGACCCCAGGGAAGAGCCCUGCCAAAGCCCCAGCGCCCGCCGCAGACGCCGUCACCUUCGAGCUCUACUGGAGGCCGGAGCAGGAGCAGUUUGCCCAGAGCGCCAAGAUGGCCGAGCUGGAGAAGCGCCUGGCACAGCUGGAGGCCAUGGUGCGGUGUGAGCCCGACAGCCAGAACCCACUGUUGGUUGGGCUGAAGGGCACCAGCCUCAUGGAGACCGUGCAGGUCCUGCAGGCCAAGGUGAACAUCCUGGACGUGGCUGUGCUGGACCAAGUGGAGGCCCGACUGCAGAGUGUCCUGGGGAAGGUGAAUGAGAUUGCCAAGCACAAGUCAACUGUGCAGGACGCCGAUACCCAGAGCAAGAUCCACCAGGUCUACGAGACGCUGCAGCGCUGGGACCCGGUGGCCAGCGCCCUGCCCGACGUCGUGCAGAGGUUGGUGACCCUCAGGGACCUGCAUGAGCAAGCCAUCCAGUUCGGGCAGGUCCUGCUGCACUUGGACACCACGCAGCAGGAGGUGGCUGGGGCUCUCAAGGACAACACGGUGCUGCUGGCAGAGGUCCAGAAGACGAUGAAGGAGAACCUGGCCAUUGUGGAGGACAACUUUGCGGCCAUAGACGCCCGCAUCAAGCGGCUGCAGAAGUGAGAGCACCCUGGAGCCCCCCAGCUCUGGGUGUUCCCACUGGGAAUCCCUCCCUUUCCUCCCCCCCAGCUUG